AACCCAUAUCCAGUAGCCGUGGAUUCCAGCAACCAAGAAGUAAUGGAUUCCAACAACCAAGAAGUAGCAGAGGAAGUUCUCCCUUUCAUUCGUGUCUACAAAAAUGGCCGGGUCGAGCGACUCAAGGGUUCAAGCUUUGUUCCUCCAUCUCUCAACGAUCCAGAAACGGGUGUCUCAUCAAAAGACAUCGUCAUCUCACCGGAAUCCGGCAUCUCUGCCCGUCUCUAUCUCCCAAAAGAUAACAAGGAGAAGCUACCUCUGUAUGUCUACUUUCAUGGUGGAGGCUUCUGCGUUGAAUCUGCCUUUUCCUUCCUUGACCACAGAUACCUUAAUCACCUCGUCUCCCAAUCUAGCAUUGUCGCCGUCUCUGUCGAGUACCGUCUUGCCCCAGAACACCCUCUUCCAGUCGCCUACGAUGACUGCUGGGCCGCAUUUCAAUGGGUUGCGGCCCAUGCUAGAGGUGGCGGAGAUGAUAAUACCACAAUCGUCGCCGCCCCAGAAACCUGGUUGACCACUCACGCAGACUUUGAUCGAGUCUUCGUGGGUGGCGACAGUGCUGGAGGCAACAUAGCCCACAACAUAGCCUUGCGUGCAGGCAAGAAUGACUUGCCUCAUGGUUUUAAAAUCUAUGGAGCUCUCCUAGUUCAUCCAUUUUUUUGGGGAUCUCAGAGAAUUGGGUCAGAAUUGGCUGCGGAUCCCAAUCGUAGAGAAAUUCAGGAGAGUCUCUGGAAGUUAGUUGCACCGUUUAGUUCUGGAAUUGAUGAUCCGAUGAUUAAUCCGGUGGCGGCUGGUGCACCAAGCUUAGCGGAGAUAGGAUGCUCGAGGGUGCUUGUUUGUGUUGCCGAUGGGGAUGUGUUCAGAGAUAGGGGUAAACUUUAUUGGGAAGAGUUGAAGAAGAGUGGAUGGAAGGGAAAGGCGGAGUUGUUUGAGAUUGAAGGAGAGGGUCAUGCUUUCCAUAUCUACAAUCCGGUUUGUGAGAAUGCUGUAGUUAUGAUCAAACGUAUGGCUUCUUUUCUGAAUUCCAAUUGAGUAGAAAUGUAAGUUUCUCUUUUCUUUAUUUUGUGGAAUUGUUGCUUUUCCUAUUUUAUUAGUGCCUUAUAAUGAUAGAUCUUAUCUUAUUGUGGAAUGGUUGGCUUUUCCUUUAUGAUGAUAGAUCUUAUCUUAUUGUGGAA